GAUUUCAGCAUUGACUGAGGGUCAUGAUGGAGAAAAUCUCUGAAAAAGAUACAGGUCUGAUCCGGGACAGCUGGGAGAGCCUGGGGAAGAACAAGGUGCCACAUGGAAUUGUUAUGUUUACGAGGUUAUUUGAGCUGGACCCAACACUGCUUACCCUCUUCAGCUACAGCACAAACUGUGGGGAUGCACCUGAAUGCCUAUCCAGUCCUGAGUUUCUUGAGCAUGUCACAAAGGUGAUGUUGGUGAUUGAUGCAGCUGUGAGCCAUCUUGAUGACCUAAACACAUUGGAGGACUUCUUGUUGAACCUAGGCCGAAAGCACCAGGCAGUUGGGGUCAACACCCAGUCCUUUGCUUUGGUUGGAGAGUCUCUACUUUAUAUGCUUCAGUGCAGCUUGGGUCCAGCAUACACGGCACCACUGCGUCAGGCCUGGCUCAAUAUGUACAGCAUCGUGGUAUCAGCCAUGACCAGAGGCUGGGCCAAGAAUGGAGAACAUAAGUCCAACUGAGA